UCCUGCUUCUGCAUGACUUCGUCCAGAAAUUUGUGUCCUUCACCUUAGGUGUAUCUCUACCGACCUGCUUCGUUCACCACCUUAGACUUAGUUCAGGAUGUCCGACGAUGGCUAUGGCGGAGGUGGCGGUGGCGAUGAUUACGACUACGACGGUCCCGGUUUCAACGAUGGUGCCUUCGAUGAAGGUUAUGAUCUACUCGCACAAGAACAGGAAGGUGAACAGGUGGAAGGGGAAGAAGCCAAUGGUGAAGUCUCGCACGUCAAUGGGAUCAAUGGGGCAGACCAUGAUCAGGAGAUGGUAAACGGAGAGGAAAGCGUGCAACCUCAGCAAGCGCCACCAAAUGUAGGCAUGCAAGGCGAGAGGCAGCCUAACAAAGUCAGAGUAACGACACCUUACUUGACCAAGUACGAACGAGCACGAAUAUUGGGGACGAGAGCGCUUCAGAUCAGCAUGAACGCCCCAGUACUUGUCCCCUUGGAUGGCGAGACAGAUGCUCUGCAAAUCGCAAUCAAGGAGCUCUCGCAACGAAAAAUUCCUCUCAUUAUCCGACGCUAUCUACCCGACGGAAGUUUUGAGGAUUGGAGUGUCUCCGAGCUGAUUAGCGAAUGACACAUUGCCUUGUUGAAUCCUCUUGCAUUUUUACCGGGCUUUCGCCCCGGUUGUUGUCUUGUCUUGUUUUACUAUCAUCUACCUCAAUACUUACACGACCUUUGCAACAUGCAAAGUACCACCGGAAGUAUAUCAACAAUGCAGAGGUAUAUCAUACACUAAUGUACAGCCGGCUGUGUAAUACUACGGUUUCUUCACGAUCUCCACCCACA